GAUAUAACACGGAAAGAAGAUGAAUGAAGGGAGCUGUGGUUCAUUGUUUUAGUUAAAUUCAAUACAUUUUUAUAUAUAAGCACGCUAUUGGCCGCAAAUAUCACAUAUACAAAUAAAUUCAUGUCGCUGCCUAUCUGUAGUUCCGGUAUUAUUUUUCUUUUCAAUUCUGGAAAGUAACUAUGAUAUUUUUGUUGGAUCACAUGUGAUUUGGUUAGAAUUUCGACAAAGUGAAUUUUGAUUUACAUACAUAAAAUAUUAUCGUUAUUAUUUAGUAAUCGAGAACAAAAUGAAAACUACAGAUUACAGACCUCGUAAGCGAGUGCGAAUUAGUAAAAAAAAGUUAGCAAAAUAUAAUAAGGGUGAGGGAAUUGAUUUAAAGGAAAACUCAACUAGGAUAAAAAAUGAGGUGAUAAGACAGAAAUUAAAAAAGAAAGAAGUUGUCUUUAAUAAGACAGUGAAAGAUACUGCCCGCACUGAGUUACUUUUGACAGGAGAUUACGGUUGUUUGGAGGCUGAUUGUGGAGAAGUAACAAUACAAUAUAAACAAAAACAAAUUGUAGACAAUGUAGACAUAACUGCUGCAGCUAAACGCUUUACAUUAAAUCUGGAAUUUGGACCAUAUUACAUAAAUUAUACAAGAAAUGGUAGGCACUUAGUAUUAGGUGGAAGAAAAGGACAUGUGGCAGCUUUAGACUGGGUCACAAAAAAAUUAGCCUGUGAAAUAAAUGUAAUGGAAUCGAUCCAUGAUGUGUCAUGGCUUCAUAUAGAAACAAUGUUUGCUGUAGCGCAAAAAGACUGGGUCUUUAUAUAUGACAAUCAAGGAAUUGAACUCCACUGUUUAAAACCAAUGUAUAAAGUUACUAAGUUAGAAUUUUUACCUUAUCAUUUCUUGCUUGCCAGUGGAUCUAAAGAAGGUUAUUUGGCAUGGUUGGAUGUUUCCAUAGGCAAAUUUGUAAAUUCCUUCUACUCUAAAUUAGGAAAAAUUGCAGUAAUGACACAAAAUCCUAGUAAUGCUGUGCUGUGUGUAGGCGAUACAAAAGGAGUGGUUUCCAUGUGGUCUCCAAACAGUAAGGAUCCUUUGGCAAAAAUGUUGUGCCAUACUCAAACAGUAGCUGCCUGUGCAGUUCAUCCUUAUGGAACUUAUAUGGCAACUAGUUGUCUAGAUAGAUCCGUGAAAAUAUGGGACAUCAGACAAUUAGCAGGUCCCAUGCAUAGUUAUUAUGUACGCGCUCCUGUUCAACAUCUGUCUUACAGUCAAACUGGCCAAUUAGCAAUGGCAAUGGGAAAUGUUGUGGAAGUUUAUCGGUCAUCAACCGAUGAAAUGAAACCUUACAUGCGUCAUAGAGCUGAUUGGACUGUAACAAGCAUGCAGUUUUGUCCAUAUGAAGAUAUUUUAGGUAUUGGUUCUACAAGAGAAGUAUCUUCUCUUUUAAUACCUGGAAGCGGAGAACCUAACUUUGAUGGUCUUGAAAGUAAUCCAUUCCAAACAAAGUCUCAGAGACGUGAAGCUGAAGUAAAAGCUUUAUUAGAUAAGAUUCAAUCGGAACUAAUAUGUUUGGAUCCAGUUGCUAUAGCAGAAGUAGAUACACCUACUUUUAAAAAUAAAAUAGAAGCUACAAAGGAUAUUUUGUAUGUCAAACCAAAGAACAUUGACUUCAAACCUCGCAGAACGAAAGCUAAAGGAAAAGGAGGAACAGCUAAAGUCAUUAAGACUAAGAAGAUUUUGAAGGAACUAAGUCGAAAGGAAACUAUUGAUAUGCUUCGUCAAACAGAUACAAGUCGGUCAGAUACAAGAAAAACAGAACCUCAAAAGAAUUACGGGAUAUUAAAUAGAUUUUUACCAAAAUCUAAUAAAAAAGCAACUAGAUAAAAUACGAUGUUCGAUUUUAUAUCUUUUCUUAUUUAAACUUUACUAUAUAUUUAACUGUAACAUUCAUUGUAUACGUAACUGAUGGUAUUGUAAAUAUAGAUUGUUAUACAUAAA